AUGCACUCACAUCACGCCAUUUCUCCAGGCGAAUGGUCAGACCGAAGCCGAUGUAAACUGGCAUGUGAAGAAUGUCGGAAACGUAAACUACGUUGCGACGGACAGGAGCCUCGCUGUGGCGUCUGUGCGGAAUCUGGCGCCAGCUGUCGGUUCGUCUUAACACGAUCAAACAGGGGGCCAAAGAAGGGGCUCAUGAGAGCCCUCCGCAUUCAAAAUGCUGAACUUCAGCGUCGCUUGAAUGAGCGCCAUAUCGAGCUGGAAACCCCGGAGAUAUUGCUAUGUUCAGGUCCCGAUGAGCAUUCGGCCACCGUGGGAGUUGACGGGAAUAUGUCGCCCGAGAUCAUGCAAAAGUCCUUCAGUCCAAUGCUUCGGCAAAGCCCUGUCAUUGACCAAGCGGAGCAAAAACUCACGCUUUUGUCUGAUCUCGCUAAGUCUGAUUUAAAUGAACUCUUUUUUGAAAGGGUUUACUAUUUUGCACCCUUCAUUCAGAAACGUCGAUUCCUUACUUGGAAGAAUCAAGUUGAUCCCAAAUGCUCUCAAUUUUGCUUGCAACUUGCUAUGUGGGCAUUAGCUGCAAGAGUUUCGGCGCAGUACCAGGAGAUAAGUAGCAAGCUAUACGAGGCUGCAAGAGAUGCGCUCGAGAAGUUCGAGCUACGCGGAACAGGUUUCAAUUCUGUGACCAUCGAUCAAGCACAGGCGUGGCUUUUGAUUUCAUUUUAUGAGUUUCUUAAGAUGAAUUACGAACGAGGGUGGGUAAGUAUUGGGCGCGCAUCCCGGCUGACUCAAAUACUGGGCCUCCACGUCAUAGAUACAUCUGACAAGAUGAUGGUAAGUGAACAAAGAUAUUUCACAGAAAGUAUUGUAGAGGUUGAAGAGCAACGAAGGACAUUUUGGGUCACUUAUUGUCUGGACAGACUUAUAAGUCUUCGGAAAAGUUGGCCAACUGCUUUCAACGAGCUAGCGAUAGGCACUCGCCUGCCAACUUCAGAGACACAUUUCCAGGAGGGUGAACCCUCAUUUGGGACAUUUCUUUCUGAAGCUUUGACUACAGAUAGCUAUGAGUCUCUAUCGACGUUUGACGAGCUAAUAAUUUUUGUCACCAUUGGCAGUCGUUGUCUGGCGCAUAAGCAGCAAUCCAUGAUAGAGCUAGUGUACGGCAGUGGUUCAGAUGAUUUCCGAGAUCGACAGCAAUGGCUUCAUUCGCUGUUGACGAAGAGCACGCUUAUCAUCCCAAGGGUAUCUGAGAGCCUUCCUACUAACCCCGAUCCCAUGCACACCUUCGCCAGCAUGGUGGCUCAUACGAUAUCAAUGUACUUUUACAAGAUACAACAUUCGUCUCCACUUAAUCUCGUGGAGACAUCCCUUGAUGAGAAACUUGAAAGAGAGGCUUUAUCGGCUGCGUACAAAAUUGUCGAUCUUUUACAAGCCGUCGAAGAGCUUGGGAUAUUCAAGGUAUUCAUCCGAUCCAUGUUUUGA